AUGGUUUGCCAGAGUCUUAUGGAGUUGAAAAUUGUCGUCCGUUCGAUUAUAGUUGCGUGCAAAAACCAAUUAACAAUCGACGAAUUAUGGAAAAGGACAAAUUACGUAUUCGGAGGACCCCAACAAGUACAGUUAAAACUGUUCGGUUACGAUACUCCUCUUGAUUUUCUUAAAAGUGUACCAGAUAUCGUUCAGUUAGAAGAUUCAGAAGAUACAAACUCUAUUGUUAAUUUAGUAAGUUCAAAAUUGAGCAGGCAUAUGGAGCUAUUAGUCUCAACCAAUAUAAUAAGGCCACCCAAAAGUAAAAUUAGUCACCACAAUUUAUUGGUACCAUACAGAACACAAUGUGCAUUUAUCAGAAUCUUUUAUGAAUUAUAUCCGGAAGGUUUGUCUAUAAGUACUUUUAAUUCUGAUGUUUUGUGUAUUCCAAUAUUUCAGUCUUACAUCGACUGUGUUGAUAUACUAUUGUCAAAAUUGGACCAUGUAUUUAUAAGAAGGGGAAUGAAUAUGAUAUGCCUGCACCCUAAAUUAGUCAACAGAUUGAAAGAAAUAAUUGAGACAGAUGGUAAAUAUACAGCUAUGGAUAUAUGCAACAUUGAUCAGUAUUCAUUAGAAAAUAAAUAUGAUGAUCAACAAAUUUCCAACGGAUUAGAAUACCCAUUGUUCAAUAUUUUAGAAGAAACAAUUAAAACUAAUAUUGAACAACUGUUAAAUGAAAUACCUGGUUGGAUAUCUGAUACACAAAUGUGUAGUUUAUACAUUGACAAAUUUGGUUCUCCAUUUAAUCAUUAUACACGAUGGGGUUUUAGUAGAAUUAGUCAAAUGUUUUCAAAACUACCAGAAUUGUGUUGUGUUCAUUUCUCAAUGGAUGAAGUAGAAAUAAUUUCAUCAUUAAAACAUACUUGUAAUGAUCAUAAGAAUUCAAAUGUAUCAGAAGAAGCAAACAAGUCCAGAAAUUGUUCUAUUAAUGCAAAAGAAAAAUUUGAUAAUGAACCAAAUGAAAAUGAUGGAGUAUUAAAAAAAUUUUUAAGAAAAGAUCCAUAUUUACAGACACCAUUACACGAUUGUUUCUUGGAUCAAGAAAUUCAACAUUCCGAAUUGAAAAUCAAUAAUUCAUUAAAUGUCAAUGUUUGUGGAGUUUAUACAAAUAUUAUACCAACUGUAGUAUGUCAAAGACUUGAACAAUAUCAUGAAUUCCAGAAGUUAUUAACUGAUAUGAAAAACUUCUAUUUUCUACACGAAACAGAGUUAUUAUUUGAUACAACUAUAACAAUGCUAAAACAAACAUAUGCAUAUUGUUUUGAUGAUUGUUGGUACAGAGGAAUUGUUACUGAUAUCAACUUGAGUAUAAUAAAAAUGAUUAAUAUUGACAAUGGUUUGAUGCAUACUAUUUUAUUUGAAGACAUCAGAUUACUACAUAAAAAAUUUAGCCAAUUACCACCACAAUCAUUAACUUGUAAUUUACACGGAAUAGAUUCUAUAGAAGAAGAUGAACUUUUGAAAAUUAUGGAUAAAAAAUGUACAAUAUAUGUUGUUUCUACCGAUCAACAAAAUAAAUCUGCAAUCAUCAAAAUUAAGUUGAUGGAUUCUGUAUCAGAUAAGUACUUAAAUGAAGAAUGGAUAGAAAGCGGUGUUGCCGAACCAGAUUCAGAUGAAGAGUAA